CUGCCAAGUCUGUCACAAUAAAAGCCUCCAAUGCUAAUCAUCAUUGAAGACUUUUAUUUUGAAGAGCAACAUCCGGGAAUGGAAUGUUUUCAGCUGAAAGUUAACAACAAAGACGUCUCAUGAACAAUGAAAAUUGAGUUUUCUGAAAGCAACACAUCUGAGCAGCUGUCCAUGUCCAUGUAACCAAGUCGCUUCGACUCAACUACAAUUUCCCACAAAACGGGAGGCUAUAUAAAGGAGAGGAAUCGCUCAGGAUUGUGCAGAUGGUUCACAGCCAUGAUGCUUGCAGGUUUCGUCUUUCUGCUCCUUCUCACAGGUGGAAGUAGUGACAAUAGCACAAAGCCUCUGGAUGAUGCAGACCAGACAGAACAGGUGGAAGGUAGAAGUAGUGACAAUAGCACAGAGCCUCUGGAUGAUGCAGACCAGACAGAAGGGGUGGAAGAUGGAUCUUCAGAGUGCAUCGCCCGUCAUGUUGAUCUUCUAAAUCAUUUGAAUUUAACAAACAGAGUCAAGUUCUUAAUGGCCCGGCCGGUGAAAAACCACGGAGAUCCCGUAAGAGUGAACAUAAAAUUAGCAGAGGCAGUCAUUCUGGAUCUGCAAGAAAAGGAACAGAAAAUUAUCUCUUACGUUUGGAUUGAAAUGCUUUGGGGAAAUGAAUUCAUCGAAUGGGAGCCUGCUGAUUUUUGUGGAAUCCAUUUUCUUUAUGUUCCAACUGAACUACUGUGGAAGCCGCAUGUAUUCAUUACAGAGAUGACGGAAAAAGAUACUGCCUUCCAGACUCCUCAUCUCUUUGUAUUCCACACUGGUAAAGUGACACAAAUUAAUGCCGUGACGCUGGUCAGCACCUGCAGGAUGCAUUUUGACAAAUUUCCCUUCGACAUUCAGACCUGCAGCCUUUCCUUUGUACCAAUCAACGAUGCUAACACUGUGGUACUUGAACCAUAUGAGAUCGUAGAGCAAGGGGAUGCAACUAACAAAAUGAUACAGUUUGACUCUGAAUGGCAAAUCAUAAAUGUAACCUUUAAAAAAGGGGAUUCUCACAACGGCCGUGAAGGACUCAUUUACACAGUCACCGUACGGAGGCGUUCAGUCCUCCACGUUGUCAACUUCAUCCUGCCCAUCCUGUUCUUGUUGUGCUUGGACUUGGCCUCCUUCCUGAUCUCAGAAAGCGGUGGUGAGAAGCUCAGCUUCAAGGUCACCAUCCUGCUGGCUGUCACAGUGAUGCAGCUGAUUCUGAAUGACUUUCUGCCUUCAUCUUCAGACUCGAUUCCUCUCAUAGUGGUCUAUUGUAUGUGGACUUUUGGUAUGAUGAUGCUGAGCCUUUUUGAGACAAUUCUGGUGAUGUAUCUGAUGGAAAAAGACAAAGAGGCAGGGAAAGACCAAAGCCUGAAUGAAGACUAUAGGGACCGGCAAGGGAAAAUCUGCCUUUACUUUAGAGACAUUCAUAAACUGGCUGAUUGCGUUCGUGUCCGUGAUUCUCCCAGUAAAAUGCCAUCUGAACUACUGCCGAUGGAAAAAGAGGGCAGCAGCAGCCGGCUGACUGAGGAGUCCCAUGAAUCCAAAAAUCCAUCAGAUGAGCUGCUGAUGAAAAUGUUGGCUCUGCUGCUGAACAGCCAGAAGGAGGAAAGGAAGCCCGGCUACUGGACCAGAAUGACCACAACAAUCAACAGAAUUUACCUAAUCUUGUAUAUCAUUACUGCCUGUCUGUUUUUAGGAUGUCUGUUUACAGUGUGGUUCAGUGUUUAAAACUAUUCACAGCGUCAAUGAAGACAACAGUCAGUCCUAGAAAGGGAAAAAACUCUGGGCUUGUUAGGUUUUAACAACAGUUUCUGCAUCCUCAGUACUAUGAUCACACUAACUAACAAACUAAUUAACUAAGAAAAAGAAUAAAUGCUAUAUGGAGAUGCCUGUGAUGACAAAUAAUAUUGCAUCUCAGUUUGUUCAGAGAGGAUGUUCUGGUGAUUACCCAUUUUGACAUUUGCAGUUUUGGGAAGGUUUAGUCAGUCUGCAAACUACCAUUAAAUGAUCUUGAUUUCAUGCAUGAAAAAAAUAGUGAUAUAAUAUUAAGAAAGUAAUCUGCAUGUAUUAAAAGUAUCUGUGUCAUGACUUCAUGAUAUAAUCCAGUUUGAAUCAUUAUGAUUCAGGCUAACUGAUGAUGUUCAGUCAAGCUUCCACUUCCACAGACAGCUAACAGCUUUAACAACAGUAGACCAACAGAUGUUUAACCUGUUGUUAUGAAAGGUGUUUAAACACUCAUAGUCAGCAUGCUCAAGUCUGAAGUAGCUGGUGAUAUGGACCCUUUACAGUUUGCCUACUAAGGAUGUAAUCAUCAGUGCAACUAACCUCAUUAGCAAGCACCUUGACUAUACCAAGGCCUAUGCCUGUGUUUUAUUUAUUGAUUUGAGUUCUGCUUUUAAUACAAUUCAACCACACCUACUUGUCCAAAAGCUAGUUGAUAUGGGAGUAAAUUCUCUUAUGAUAAAAUGGUUUUACUACUUUUUAUAACAUGGUCUUGGUUAAUACUCGAUUCUGAUUGGCUCUGGAAAUUCCACUGGUGUCCAUUAACUUCUGACACGACACCUGUGGAACUUCUCAAGUACUUCCUGUCAAAAAGUCUUUACACUGUUCCAAAUUAAUGCCCAGCAGCCGUUAGAUGAUAGGAGUAACCAUGGCAACCUGACGCAGUCAAACUUUCUGAGCAGGGAGAACAGAACUACCAGCCUGAGGAACCUGCGGGCCGGCAUCAAUCGUCACUUAACUGAUGUAAAUGAAAUGACAGACUCCAGGUUAAAGAUGCUCUUAUCUCCUGAGUUCGGUGUACGUCUUGUUCCCAGGCUCACCUUUAAACUGAGAGCUGAGUGUCGUGAAAAACUCACUUCCCUCUUGUUUUAGCUUCUAUAAACUGUUGUCAUUAGAUUUAAAUAACGUAAAACAAAAGAAAAGAAGCCAUUAUUUCUUUGUAGAGCCAAAGGAAACGCUUCUGAUAAACUGGCAUGAUAAUGUCCAGUAAAUACUGACAUCUCUAAUGGACAGUCAGCACCUGCAGUACGUGUACAGCUUCGUUUCACGACUGUGACCUCGUAGUGCAGAAGGGGGAAUUAUUCUGCGUUCCAUUUACCUCUGAGGUCCUAAGUCGGAGCUGGGAAUGAUGCCACAUUUGUCUGCAAAAACAGAUUUCCCAGUUGUUUGCGUUCCAUUUGUCAUAACCACGACGAGUUGGGGAAAAAAUGAGUGUCUUUGGUUGGAUGGAGAGCAACUCUUUAAUGUACAAACCAGCUCCAAAGAUCAGACAAUGGAAAUAGAAAUUUUGAAAAGCUUGAUAUUUUGAAUUUACCUAAGUUGUUUGAUAAAUAUUAUAUCCGUAAGUGUAAAUGGACUCAAAAGUUACCAAAGAUACAACAAUUUAAAAUGGAAAAAGAAUAUCAUAUGAGCUCACUACAUGGAAUGAAACACAAAAAACAAUGAAAACUAUGGACAUUUGUGAAUCCCUAAAUGUGUUUAUUUAAUUUCUGUGUACCCCAUGAAUAUAUGUAUAUGGUUUAUUUAUUCGUAUAUAAACAGGUUAAUCAUUUAAAUAAUGUUUGUGAGUAUGCAUGUAUGUGCUUCACAUAAAUCAAUAAAAAAAUA